AUGUCAUCAUCCGAAUCAUCCGAAGGCGAACCGAGUGAACUGGCAGUCGGCGAACUGAAAGAAUUGAUCGAGAUGAACAUCAAGGCUCUCUAUGCCCCCAACAAAGUCAGGCUGUUCCUGGUUAAGCGUGUUGAGGAGCAGUCAGGUCUGUUCCUUUAUGGAGCUGGCGUUGCUAGGUUUUCGAGCACUAAGGAAGCUAAGGUCUUUCUGCGAAGCAGCGGCAAAAGAUUCACAAUCGAAAGCGCGCUCGAGGAUAUCCUGGAUCAGACGAUGGCGGAGCUCAGUGAGGAAGUGCAAUUUUCAGAAUGGUGUAUCAAAGAACGAAAUGUCUUCAAAUGA